UCCAUGACGUAGCAGAAACUAAUGAACAUCGCGGAGUUGAGUGGCAGCUGCGAGCGGUAAUGGAUAACUGUACUGGUCACUCACACUUUUUAUUGAGCGCUUUCUUAUUGACAUGUUUAUUUGGGAUAUCGCUCGGGACGGAACUGAGCUUUGUGACUUGCGGCUCGGUUGUAAAGCUGUUAAAUGUAAAGCACAAUGUCAGACUGCACUCUCACGACGUGCGCUACGGCUCCGGCAGCGGACAGCAGUCAGUAACAGGCGUGACCACGGUGGAGGACAGUAACAGCUACUGGAGUGUACGGGGCACCAGCGGGGCCCAGUGUCACCGGGGGACUCCUAUUAAGUGUGGUCAGACCAUCCGCCUCACACAUGUCAACACUGGACGCAACCUGCACAGCCACUACUUCUCCUCUCCGCUUUCCUCCAACCAGGAGGUGAGUGCGUUUGGUGAGGAGGGCGAGGGGGACCACCUGGAUGAGUGGACGGUGCAGUGUGGAGGGGCGGUGUGGCAGCGCGAGGAGGCCGUCCGCUUCCAGCACGCCUCCACCGAUGCGUUGCUAUCGAUUACGGGGGAGCAGUACGGCCGGCCCAUCCACGGGCAGAGGGAAGUGCACGCCAUGAUGGGCCCCAGCCAGCACAGCCUGUGGAGGGCCAUGGAGGGGGUUUAUAUGAAGCCCAGUGAAAGCCCACUAGGGAACAAGGACUACAGCCAUCCUCUACAUACAGAGUUCUGAUUCAAUCGGACUACAGCCAUCCUCUACACACAGACUGACUACAGCCAUCCUCUACACACAGACUGACUACAGCCAUCCUCUACACACAGACUGACUACAGCCAUCCUCUACACACAGACUGACUACAGCCAUCCUCUACACACAGACUGACUACAGCCAUCCUCUACACACAGACUGACUACAGCCAUCCUCUACACACAGACUGACUACAGCCAUCCUCUACACAGACUGACUACAGCCAUCCUCUACACAGACUGACUACAGCCAUCCUCUACACACAGACUGACUACAGCCAUCCUCUACACACAGACUGACUACAGCCAUCCUCUACACACAGACUGACUACAGCCAUCCUCUACACACAGACUGACUACAGCCAUCCUCUACACACAGACUGACUACAGCCAUCCUCUACACACAGACUGACUACAGCCAUCCUCUACACACAGACUGACUACAGCCAUCCUCUACACACAGACUGACUACAGCCAUCCUCUACACACGGACUGACUACAGCCAUCCUCUACACACGGACUGACUACAGCCAUCCUCUACACACGGACUGACUACAGCCAUCCUCUACACACGGACUGACUACAGCCAUCCUCUACACACGGACUGACUACAGCCAUCCUCUACACACGGACGGACUACAGCCAUCCUCUACACACGGACGGACUACAGCCAUCCUCUACACACGGACUGACUACAGCCAUCCUCUACACACGGGCGGACUACAGCCAUCCUCUACACCCGGGCGGACUACAGCCAUCCUCUACACACGGGCGGACUACAGCCAUCCUCUACACACGGACUGACUACAGCCAUCCUCUACACACGGACUGACUACAGCCAUCCUCUACACAAUAGUUUUGAUUAUCAAUCAACCUGACCUGGCUCUAUAUACCAUUUUCUUCCCUGUUGUCUCUCUCGCCCCCCCCGGACCCAGAGUUGUGAUCUACUCUGGCCCCUGGCUCCCUGUAUCCAACCCAACUUAGUUGUCUGCCUACCUGUCUCUUACUCAACUCCCUCUGUUUUGAGGACACUCUCACGCACAGUGGAUCUAAUCUGGGGGUUGCCAGGACAACUACAGAACUCUUUGACCAAUCCAAUCUCUGUCACCUGACCUCAUCAACA